AUGGAGAAUGACAUUACCAACACCUCCCUAGAUGGAAGCCAUGAUUACUCAAACGAGGGUUAUUCUUAUUACUACUGGAAAAUCCUAUUCUAUAUCACAUACUAUUCUACAUGUAUAACCAUUUGCAUCAACCUUCCUUUGACCCUACUGGCCAUCUAUGCUCUUUACUCUCUGGUGCGAAAGGAUCACACCGCUCCAAUCUAUGUCAUCAACCUUCUGCUUUCUGACCUCAUUCAGCUCAGCUGCAUGAUAGCUGAUGUGGGAUAUUUUGUGUUUGAUCUCAUUUUAGUCUACUUUUACAUCCACUCUCUGAUGGCAAGUGUUGGCAACAUGGUGUGUCUCUCCUUGGAAAGAUACAUGGCCAUCGCCUGCCCACUGAAGAACUUCAUGAAUUCCAUCAAGAUUUCCGUCAUGGUCUGUGUUAUGGUGUGGGCCCUUCCUUUGAUCUUUGUCCUUCCCCCUUUCAUGGUUGAUUACCAUGUAACUGUAUCCAUCUUUGGCAUUUUCUUCCUCCUUCCCUGCCCACUGUUUUUAUUUUUCCUGGGUGGAACCCUCAAAGUCCUCCCUAUUUCCACUGCAGUCCCUUCCACUGAAAAACGACAAAUUGUGGGAAUUUUGGUCUUGGUGCUGCUCAUUUACACCCUGCUGUUCCUGCCUUUCAUCAUUUGGUUCCUGGCAGACAGUGCUAGGAGAGGUUAUUCUUUAAUCCGCAUUAUUUUUAUCUGGCUGGAUGUUACCAGUUUUGAAACCCUGAUUAGAUUCUUAAUUCAGUUGCGUCCUCUUGCAGACUUAGUUCUGUGUGUUUUCAUGAGCAAAGGUACCAUUGACAAACUUUUGGCCUCCUUGUCUUGCUGCAAAAUGGAUUGCAGUGAUGUAAAAAUAUCGACAGUGUGAAUGAUGACAGUAUGUAAAUAGUCAAUGACAUUUAUAUAAAGAAAGAAGGGCAAAGAAGGAAUAAGACAAAAAGAAAUGAAAGGGACGAGACAGACCUACAUCUGCUGACAUGACUACCAAUAAGACAACUACUCGACAGCAGUGUCCUUUAAAAAUUAGAUUUGUGUUUUUCUUCACUGCUUUCCUCAUCAAACACUGUUUAUUCAAGGUAAAUAAGGGACAAUAUUCAUGUAACUCAGCUUGAUUCAAAAGAAGGUGGUUUCAUUUGAUGGCAGAUGUACAAAGUGUCGAAGAUGACAGUGUUGGUUGUUGUCAUGUGCAAAUCGCAAUAUACAUUUUGAAACAAUCUUAAGUGAUUACUGUUGCAAACUGGAAUUUCUGUCUGUGCUAUGAGUAUACUGGUUGCUGGGAAUUUUUAUCUGCCAGUCUGUUUAUGAAUGUUCGUUUAAUGGCCCCCAGAGGACAUCCUAAAAGGCCUCUUUUGCUCUUGUACUUUUCAUUUGAGUUAUUACAGUAAUUAAUAACGUAUGCUAAUACCAUGUUUCAUUUGUUUCGCUCUUUGUAUUUUUUUUCUGUUAGGCACUAAACUACGUAAUAUUUGUUAGAGUAGUUU